GCGACACAAUGCCUCGUACGCAUCAAGUCCAUCCACAUCAUGGUCGCCGCCAUAUUGGACUCGCAAGUCGAAAAGCCUAAAAAAGCGAUUUGAGGACGCCGUUGUUUAUUUCCUGUGCACAAAGUCCAUUUAUCCGGCAGAGUGGUACUGCUGGUUGCUAACAGCAAAGCGAACCGCCGGCAAUCGUUGGUUAGUGGAAUUUCGGUCGCGCACAACCGUGAUACGUAGAAAUUUAUUGGCGGAAUCUAGCAAAUUUGGCCUCACUCUCACGCAGCCGCCACCAUGUAGAGAAGAAACUGACAGUAGCGCUUUUGCUACGUUUGCAUCUCUUUCCAGCUAGGGAAGGUCGUAAUUUGUGAGCAGUCAAAACAAUUUGCGAUAAAAGAGAGAACGAGGAAACCUGGGAGAAGCAGAAGAAUAGCAUUUGAAGAAUCGAGCGAACACAACUUUGCAUUAGCGGAUGCAAGUCAACAUUAAAGUUUGUGAUUAAAAGCGAGGAGUAAGCUGCGAGCUGCUUGAAAAGGGACAAAACUGAACGGGAAAAGCGCGCGCAAGCUCGUUGAUGGUGGAAAAGAAGCUGAUUUCAAUGUGUUGUUAUUAGUAAAAACAGUGAUAGAGAAAGGAGUCGUCGAUUGAAGUGCAGAAAACGUUUUGUGUUUACACGGUUGUGGUGGAAGCCACCAAGUGCAUCGGUUUAGAUUAUCAGCGUCAUGACGGCCAGCUCGGAAACAACUGGCUCCGAACUCGUGCCGGCUUUACCGGCCAAACACAAUGCAAUACUACGCUGGAAACGGGUGACGAAUCCUAGUGGCCCGCAGCCAAGACCCCGCCAUGGCCAUCGGUCGGUGAACAUUAAAGAGCUGAUGGUGGUUUUCGGGGGUGGCAAUGAAGGAAUCGUAGACGAAUUGCACGUAUACAACACGGCUACGAAUCAGUGGUACGUCCCGGCGACCAAAGGAGACGUCCCGCCGGGAUGUGCUGCGUACGGAUUUGUCGUCGAUGGAACGCGAAUAUUGGUUUUCGGCGGUAUGGUGGAGUAUGGCAAGUACUCGAACGAGCUGUACGAGCUGCAAGCCACCAAGUGGGAGUGGAAAAAGCUGCGACCCAAGCCGCCGGAAUCGGGCCCUCCGCCCUGCCGCCGCCUGGGACACAGCUUCACGCUUGUCGGCGAUAAAAUAUAUCUAUUCGGAGGGUUGGCAAACGAGAGCGACGAUCCGAAAAACAAUAUCCCCAAAUAUCUAAACGAUCUGUACAUUUUGGAGAUAAAAAACAAUCAACUGCAAUGGGAAAUACCGACGACGUUUGGCGAAAGUCCGCCACCCCGCGAGUCGCACACGGCCGUGUCGUGGUAUGACAAAAAGCAGAAGAAGUUUUGGCUUGUAAUCUACGGCGGUAUGUCCGGGUGUCGGCUCGGUGAUCUGUGGCUGCUGGACACGGACACAAUGUCCUGGACGCGGCCUCGUACAAGCGGUCCGCUCCCAUUGCCGCGUUCACUACACAGCUCUACCCUGAUUGGCAACCGGAUGUACGUGUUUGGCGGAUGGGUCCCGCUAGUGCUGGACGAUGUAAAGGUAGAGAAACACGAAAAAGAAUGGAAGUGUACAAAUACACUUGCUUGCUUGAAUCUCGAAACUAUGACCUGGGAAGAGCUGGAUCUGGACAUUGACGAAGAGAACAUGCCACGAGCCCGGGCAGGCCACUGUGCCGUCGGCAUUCACACCCGCCUGUAUAUAUGGUCGGGUCGCGACGGUUACAGGAAGGCCUGGAACAACCAGGUCAGGGUGUGCUGCAAAGAUCUAUGGUACCUGGAGGUGGAGCGUCCCGGAACGGCAUCGCGCGUGCAGCUAGUGCGCGCUUCAACGCAUUCGCUCGAAGUCAGCUGGCAGGCGGUUCCAGCUGCUUCCUACUACAUCCUCGAGGUGCAAAAGAUUCCUCAGGCUCCUCCACCGUCACCGGCAGCGCCGGCGGCUGCAUUGAACACAGCGCCCGCGGUUGUGGCAUCUCCCGCUGGGGCUACCAUCGGUUCGCCGGCCUCCAGCACAGGCUCCAUGUCUCCCGCACAAAUGAUCGGCGGUGGCAGUAUCGGAACAACAUCCGGCGAACCAAUGCUUCAGCAGCCGAUUAUUAAACAGCUGCCCGGUAGGGUGGCGGGAACGCCGACAGUCAUUGCCGUAUCGGCGGCUAGUAUUCAGGCACCAACCCUGCAAAACCCAGUCAUCGCCCAAACCGCGCUGUCAGCCAGCCCCAUCCACCAGGCAGGUGGAUUGCAGUCGCCCAACAACACCAACAUCGGCAUCGUCUCAUCGCCGGUCCACUCGGUCCCUUCGCCGGUACAGCGCAUUGUGACGAAGGUUCAGCCUGCGAAGCCGAUCCAAACGACCCAAAAGGUUCUCACCACCGGCUCGCAAAUACUGCAACAGCAGCCGACACAAAUCGUCGCCUCACCGCAGGGCCAAUCGCCAGCGCCGACCAUCCAAACGGCCAUCUUGCAAACCACACAGGCACAGCUGCAACAUCAGCAACAGACGAUCCGAGUUGUCGCAACCGGCGGUACAGCCAUCUCCAACGCGCAGCAACUAACGACUGGUGCUGGCACUCCGAUACGCGUGCUCUCCUCCACCGGCCAACAGCUGCGCAUCGGCACGGCCAGCACCGGGACUAUGCAGCAGGCCGGGCAAACGGCAGUGCUGCGUACUGCCGGUGCGGGCAUCGUUUCAGGCGCACAGUUACAAACGGUGCAACAGCGUCUUGUGAGUGCCGGUUCGGGCAACACUUCGACCACGGCAACGAUCGGAGGAAAGCAAAUCAUCCUGCAGAAACCGGUCACCAUUGUGAGCGGUAAUCCCGGCGCCGGAAGUGCGGGAGCCACUUCCAUCAACAGUGGCACCACGAACCAGGGUCAGAUUCUAACGCUGGUCAAAACCAGCCAAGGCAUGACGAUGCAAACGGUGCCGAAAAUGAGUGUGGUGCAAAAGACGGCCGGCGGCACAGUUGCGGGAACGAUUCAUCAACCGCAGCAGCAAAUAAUUACAUCCAACCUUCUGACCGGUGCUGGCGGCACAGUUGUCCAGCAGGCCACGGUCGCCGGAGCAGCGGCGGGCCAGAAGACCACCGUCAUCGGUGGAAACGUCGUGAAGCUUAUGUCGACCGGUUCCGGCACAAUCGGAGGCAAGCAGAUACUGAUGAAGAACUCGAACAUUGUGCAGGUGGGAAAGGUGGGCACAAACUCGACCGGCAAACCGACGCUAGUGCUCACCAACAAGGCAGGUCAAGCGAUACGGGGCAAUCAGCAGGUGAUAGUGGUAACGACCCCGCAAGGGAUUCGCACCGUUAGCGGCACAGUCACUUCGUCGGCCAACAACUUCGUAACGCUUUCCUCGUCGCAGGUGCUUAACACCAUCACAACGACGCGAUCGGCCAACAUCGGCGGAGCCACAGUGCUGCAGGCCACCUCUGUACCGGCGGUCAGUGGCACCGGUUCCACGCCGAACGCAGGCGGAGCGACAGGCAAUAUAGUAGCCGCAUCGGUUGCUUCCGGCGGCACCACCACCACGAUCGGUGGUCAAGCGAUCAAGUUGCGCACUGUACAGGGAGGCAAGCCGAUCACCUUCACGAUGCCUGUCGGAGGCCUCCAAGCCGGCGGACAAAAGAUCACGGGCACUCAAAUCAUAAACAUGCCGCAGAAGCUGGUGAGCGGCAAAUCGGUCACGGUGCAACUGACGCCGUCGGUUGGUGGCCAGAAAACGGUCACCAUCGUCCCUUCGGGAGCGGGCGGUACGACGGCCACGUCCGGUACCGUCACGGGCCAGGUUGGUGGACAGAAAAUACUGAUGCUACCGUCGAAAACUGCGACUCGUAUCGUUACGCAGCAACAAUAUCAACAAAUACAGCUCCAGCAGCAACAGUUGCAACUGCAGCAACAACAGCAACAGCAGCAGCUUCAACAGCAGCAGCAGCAGCAGCAGCAGCAGCAGCAGCAGCAGCAGCAGCAGCAAGAACAUCAAGUCUCAACCGACGCAGCAUUUGCGGCUCUGGCCGCUGAAGCCGGCAUGAUGGAAACUGACGCAGAAGGUAUGGAGCAGAUGGACGGUUGUUUCGACCUGCAAACGCUCGACGGCGCGGAAGAUCUGCCUUGCUUCGACGAAGAAUGCAACAACGUCUUGCAGAUGAUGGCUGCGGAAAACAUGGACAUUCGGGAGAUGUCACCGGAUCACCGGAUCGGUUGCUUACCGAUGUUCACAUUGGAACAGCUCGAUGGUUGCGAUGAUAGCGCGAUGUUCAGCACUGGCGGCAACAGUGCCAACAGUGGCACAGAGCAGAGAAAUCCCGUGCGUUACAUCAAGCCAGGUCUUUACGGCGGAGCGAUGACGUCGUCAAUGGCAAACAAUAACAGCGGGUCCGGUGGGGACGAUAGUAAUUCUCAGCGCGAGAAUCAAGUGACCGACAACGCGGACGAUCAACGACAGCAGCAGCAGCAGCAGCAGCAGCAGCAGCAGGAAGAAGCUGACGAAAUCGACCAGAGUGGCGAGAUGGCGCACGACAACGUCAUUUUGGAAGGAAUGGACGAUGCCGCCGGUAGAGACAGCCAGGAUGAGGGUCAUUUGGAAGAUGAAUCCGCUGCUGAUGGUGGUGGUGGUGGUGGUGGUGCGGCGGCUGGCUCCAUGAUGGUAUCGGCUGACGAGGAGGAAGCCUCCUUUGUGGGCGGUGAGGACAGUCAGGAUCAUGACGAAAUGUCGGCCGAGCACGAUGAGCACAUGCAGGAAGCUGGCGGCGAAGGUGCAGAAUCGAUGGAGAAAGAUCCGAGCGCAAACGCUUCGGUAGACGAACACAUGGAGGACGAAGAGAAUCAUGGGCUAGAUACGAUAAUGGCGGAUAAUAACGGUGAUAGUGCCACUGGUCAGUCUCAGCAAGAGAUGUCAUUUGGCGGCGACGAGGAGAUGCAUACGAUGGAGCAACACGCCGCUGGAUCAUCGGAUGGAACGGGCACGGAGGAGCCACCGUCGACGUCUAGUGCGCCCGUGGUGGCUCACGUUCCGAAAACCACCGUUGUGAGUGCUCCGACAGCGUCGGAAACGGAGGCAGCCAACAUUCUCACCACUAUAAAAAGUGGAGAAAUUUUGUCCCUUCACAAUGCGGAACUGCUCGCUGCUGGCAGUACUGGAGCCGGCAACGAAAACAUUAUUCAGCUUGAUUCCGGCACGGCCACUUUACUACAGUCGUGCAAUGAAAAUGGGCAAAUGAUUACGUUCAAAACCGAAGCCGACGAGAAUGGCGGUGUUUCGACGCCGACCGCCGCUACUGACGGUACGGCAGCAGCCACCGUGACGCUCAGCGACGGUACCACGUUUGUCACACGACUGCAAACGCCCGGCGGCGAACAGUCCUCCAUCGGGCUUGUGUCCAGCCCGGGCAGCAUGAGCUUGACCGGUGCUGUGGUAAAGACAGAGGACGGCUCCAGCGCAGCAUCGCCCACCACCGGGCAUCUAGACGCGCUGGCAGAAGCGGCCGCCUGCGCAACUUCCGUGCUGCCGAGCGAGCUGAUGGGUGACAUUCUGUCCUCGCCCACAUCGAACGUAUCGCAAACGACGCCACAACAGAUUAAGUUUUUGGAUCCAACGUCCAAACAAUUCACGACCGUGGUCAUGCAGGCUGGCGGAGACGGUGCAGCAGCAGCGGCAGCAGCAUCGUCCGCUGGUGGAAUUGUGAACAAUGGUAACAGUGCUGCUGCGGCAGGAAAGCAACCUGCGGGAAAAGCGGUCGUUCGGUCGAAUUCUACUGGCAAGACGAAAGACGAGAAGGAUGAGAAGGCAGCGAAACCGAAGGAUGAGUCCGAGAUUUGGCACACGGUGGGCAUUUUCAAGACGGUCAACCACACCGUUUCCAACUACAUCGAUGCGAACGACUGGGACAGCUCGAUCGAUGGCGAAAUGCUCACCGCCGACAGCAUACCGGAUCUGAGCGAGCUGAAGCGAAUCAAUCUGGAACCGGGCUGCGCGUACCGGUUCCGUGUCGCCGCCAUCAACAGCUGCGGGCGGGGCGAGUGGAGCGAUGCAACGCCCUUCAAGACGUGCCUGCCCGGAUUCCCGGGCGCACCGUCAGCAAUCAAGAUUUCCAAAUCUCCCGAGGGCGCCCACCUGUCCUGGGAACCGCCGCCGUCCACCACGGGCGAUAUUCUGGAGUAUUCCGUCUAUUUGGCAAUUAAGUCGCAAAAUGCGGCCAAGGACAAGCCGAGCACGACGGCCGCCGCUCAGCUGGCGUUUGUGCGCGUGUACUGUGGCUCGAACAACCAGUGCACGGUGGCCAACCAGUCGCUGCAGACGGCACACGUGGACUUUACGUCGAAGCCGGCGAUCAUCUUCCGCAUAGCGGCCCGCAACGAUAAGGGCUACGGACCGGCCACGCAAGUUAGGUGGCUGCAAGACCCCCAGCUGUCGAAAACGAACACAAUGGGCGGUGGUGCAACGGCUGGCGGCGGAGCGACCGGUCAGGUCGGAAUCGCUGGCAAGCGACUAAGCGACAAGUCGGCCACAAUCGUGGCUAGCAAGCGGGUCAAGGUUGGUGGUGGCACACCGGCAACGGGAACGAACUCGUCGAUGAUGGUUUCGCCCCAGCACCAUCACUAAACAAAGAUGCACGUUGCUGCACACUCGCAAAGGUACCCCCAAAGCAUCCCUGCCUCCGGUAGUACCACACGUACACUCCCGCACACAUCUCCAUGAGAUAGAGCGUUGGUCGUGGGAGCAGUUUUAUUCCCUUGAACCAACACCAUGAUGCAGCAGUGAACGAUCAGCAGCCGUCAGGCUCUAUGAUAUGCUUUUUAAACCAAUAUUGCAUGCCGUUGGACAUAUGUAGUGUAAAAAAGGAGUCACCGUAGUGGUAGUGGCCACAACAAUUUUUUACUCUGUGUGAUUGUAGGGGUGUGUCUGUGUGUGUGUGUGUGUGUGUGUGUGUGUGUGCGUUAGCGAAGCGAACGAGAGGAUUGUGUUAUUAUCGUAGUGAUUAUGAUUUCUAUUUUCUAACCGUAUUGUGGAGUUUUAAAAGCCUUUCAAUUAAACGUUUUAGUUGUGUAGGAAGACCUAAGAUUAAGGGUAACAGAGCUACUGUAUAGUGUCCCGACAAUGACUGGGCCCUGGUCACGCGCGCACGCUCCGCUCCCUCGGAAACUCUUCGUGUCGGCUUGCGUCGGCUCACACACUGUCCUUACCGUCAUGCUACUAAAUAGGACAGACAGACAAGGAGGGGGGGACGUGCUAUUACUCCCCGUUUAAAAGCAAGGAAGGAGUCACAUGAAUCAGGUUUAACAUACAAAGCGAAACACACUUACGCUGAAGAAUUGUCUCUGCGUUAGAAAAUGCAACCUGCCGCCUGCUGGACGACGACGAUUUGUAUUUAAAGUAGAAAUUUAGUGCGAACGAUGAUCGUGUGUCGUCAGGAGGAGGGCAAGGAGGAGGCACGUGCGCUUUCAACAAUUACUCCUUGACCACACGUGACACAAACACGAAAGACGAAAGAUGGCCGCAGCAAUUUAGAGACCGAUUGUGCGCCGUGGCUGCUUCUAGCUUACAGUGGAUUGGUUUCGUUUUUCAGUUUUGGUGUAAAGUUGAAAUGUAAUUACGUACCGAAAACCGUCGAGCGAAGUAGAGAGAGAGAGAGAGAGAGCGAGAGAGAGAGCGAGAGAGAGAGAGAGAUACUACAGAGUGCUGGAAGAAACUUUAUCUGAUGCAAAAUUAGUGAGCAAAGCUGUACGGAGUUCAAUUCUAGCUGAAUUAAUAUUAAACGAACGUCGAAGCGAAGCAGGAGAAGAACAAUACAAAACGCAACCGUUGACACAGCACCGUGAAAGACACCAGCAAAAUCAGCCAGCAGCUAUCUUAUAAAGCCAACUUCAUCCAAAGCCCUGGAUGACCAUCACAAUGUGCGCGUGUGUACACGUGAAUAUUCUUUUUAGGGUCCAAACGGACAUUUUAAUCGAUCGUGUGUGACAACACCACUGACGAGAAGAUCGUAUCGUGCCGGGUUUUACUCCGGUUCAUUUUCUUUUUUUCUUCAUGUCACAAUGCUCACAGGUUUCUUUGCGUCACGGUGUGCAUGCAUUGUAGCGGAGGGGGGGGGGGGGAUAGUUUAUGGAAAAGCGCGUAAAUGUAAGGAAAGUGUAAUAAUACUAUACUGCUAUCGAAAAUAACACACACACACACACGCAUGCAUACAAUGAUUUCUGUAAACUGCUUUACAUUGGUUAGUCUUUCACCCUCGGUCGCUGUUGUGGGUUUUUGAUAAGAACGCAACACAAACACGCGCCAGAGCAUGCAUGGAAGGAAGUGGGGCGUUUAUGAUAUAUUCACGUUUAAGCCAGCUCUGCUGUAACAUAGGAUUUGCGUUAAUAAAACAUUACUAGUGAAAUGGUUGAACCCGCGAGAGGGCCCGAUGGAUGGCUGGCGUGCGAUGACAAAACAACUAGAGAGGCAGAUCGGGUCAAGGAUGAUAAAGCCGUCGAAAUUCACCAGAGAGAGGGGUGAGGAUUAGGAUAAUUAGUAGCCGAUAGACGUCGAUGCCGGUCAUUUUUUUUUUAAAUUUUCCCCACGAUGAUAUCCCGCAACCGGAUGGUUUGACAAAAAGGGCGUCAAAUUGCGUCGGUUAUUUAGGACGAAAUGCGUGUGCGUGUGUGUGUGUGUGUGUGGCACAUUUACGGAAGGUUGAAUUUAAGAGAGCAUACUAAUUGAAAUAUAUUGUGUAAGAGUAUCAAUUA